AAACGCUCCCCCCACGUUCCAAAUUAUGAUUCCUGGCCGAUGGGUACCGCACUCCCAUAUCGGCAUAUCAAUUUAGAGAGAGAGAGAGAGAGAGAGAGAGGAAUGGGACAAUACGUGGACUGGUAUACGUAUGUUAUCGAAAGAGCUGCGAACCUUCAGUGUUCUCUACCACGGGUCUCCCAUGUCAGGCUACUGUCCCACCCUAUAAGCUACAUGGACCUCAUCUCAGCUAGCUCAGCCCGCUUUGUCGCCAUCUCCACCCUUCACAAAUUUUAUAUAUAAAUCCGUAAUAAUUGAUAUAGUCCAAUACUGGAGAAGGGUGAUGAAGAUCACUACCAUAGCAUGAUCAACCAAAGAGGAGUUCAUCUUCAGAAGGGAGCAGGCUUAAUAAUGAGAAGCAGAAGCCGGAUGUGUGCCCCCAGCGACCUCGAAGACGAUGACUACGAGGCCUCCCGGUGGGCCUGGUGGAGGUCUCCGGCGAACUUCGACGUCGUCGACUGCGACCCUCAUCUCAAUAAGCUCGAUCAGCUUCUUUCCAGCGCCGCGGCGGCGACGGCGGCCUCGCCCAGAGCGAGGGUUGUGAGAGAGAUGGAGCGGCUGGCCCUGGUGGCUCCCGAAGCCUUGGGCGACUUCCGCCACCGCCUCUCCGCCUACUGCCCCGGCGACUUCUGGGUUCCAACCGGAGGGAUGGAGAAGGAUGACGUGGACAUCCCGCCGGUCAUAACCAUUCUCCUCGUCGGCUUAUCCGGUUCUGGCAAAAGCUCUCUUGUCAAUCUCUGUUACAGCGUUCUCGGCCGCUCUGGGCUCCUUCCCUUCGUUCAAACAUCUUCAGGAAGAUGUAAUUGGAGAGAUAGGAAAAUGGUGAUGGAAGAGCACAACGUGUUGAGGUCGAUGAAGAGCGGGUUCUGCAUGUACGAUACCAGAGGGUUCAGUUACGAAGGGGCGGUGGAGGGUGCUGCAGAGGAGGUGAUGAGGGGUUGGAUGAGGGAAGGGGUUCGCCAUAACCAGCUGUGCCUGAGUCCCGGGGAUGAGGCGGCGGCGGAGGGUUUGAUGAGGGAAGAAGAAGACGUAUUAAUGGAGAGGGAAGAUGGAGCGGUGAGACAGUCGGGGAAGUUCAAGAAGAGGAGGGUGAACUGCGCUGUGGUGGUGGCUAACGUUGCAGAGAUACAUAAGGCUUUGAAGGCUGGGGACUUGAAGCCAUUGGAGGCCACCAAGCAACUCUUCUGCUCUCCCGCUUUGCGAAUCUGCAACGAGCACGACCCAAUCCUGAUACUGACGCACGGCGACGAGUUAUCGGCGGAGGAGAGGAUAGAGGGGCGGGUGAAGAUCUGCGAGUACAUCGGAGCGUCGGAGACCGGAGGAGGGGUUUACGACAUAGUGUGCCUGACGGAGUACGGAUUUCUACCAGAAGAAUCGGAUCCGGUGAACGCCUAUGCCCUGACGGAAGCCCUUUACAGAGCUCUGCUCAUCUCCGACAGAAGCCACCUUCCGAAGAGAAACCUCUGGGACUGGGCUCUGCUCGUCCUGUCAUGUCUCUUGUGCUUCCUUUCUGCUUUCUUCGCCUGCCUCUCUCAGAUUUUCUCCAAACUUGCCCACAUCCACAGGACCGGGCUCAAAUUCAUGUAGGGAUGAUCAUGAUGAUCACUAGCUAGCUUUAUUAGUGCACUGUGUAUAAAUAUUUUCAUUACAAGAGAAUUGAGUAUCUCGUUUUACUUUU